AUGGAGAACCCGAUUGACAGCCAGGAUGUCUCGCAGAAGGACCUGUUUCCUGUAAGCGAGGAAACAUUAGUGUCCCUCCUCGUUGAUCCGGAGACCCGUCGUUUUCACAGUUGGCUUUUCGAUAUUCUGAUGGAUUUUUUCUUCGAAGAGAACGAAAUCCAAGGCGAUCCUCGCGAAGAACUCUUGGAGACGCUGGUCAGCCGUUGCCACGAUGCCAACGGUAUGAGCCAAGAAACUCGCGAGUUUCGCAAGAAUGUCUUGAAAAUCUUGAUACAGGAAGGGCUAUGCAAACCACAUGCUACCCUUUCAGGUCGAGGUGCAGACAUGGAAAAUUCAAUACCCAGCUCCGAGGUGCUGCAGGAGCUCAAGGACGAGUUAGACGACAAGCGACGCGAAGAAAGGCUGAAGAGGAAAAGGGAGGAAGACGAAAGUCAAAAGUUAUUUUGGCUCAAACUUGGAACUCGGAGACCUUUAAGACCACAGUGA